AUGGAGCCCCAGCUGCCAUCAACUGUCCAAGAGGCGGAAGCCUUAGUCUUGGCACUCUACGAGCCGUCGCCUCCUGAGGCCAUUGCGCGCAUCCAAGAGACACUUCAUCGCAUGCAAAGAUCCCCUUCCGGCUGGUGGAUUGCCCGGGAUCUUCUGGGCCACGCCGAUGACAAGGUCAAGUUCUUCGGUGCCCUCACUCUGAUUGUCAAGUUGAACACUGAAAGCACCUCCCUGUCAAAGGACGAUGCGUCCGAAUUAUUGCAAAACCUCAUAGGCUGGUUUGUAAGGUCCUUGGACGACGGUUCCGGGGCCAUGGUCGUUAGGAAGUUAUCCUCGGCUUUGGUCACCUUUUUUCUAUGCUUCCCCACCCAGUGGGAGUUUUGCCUCCGUCACCUCUGUUGUUCUCUGUCUGAGGGUGUUGCCUUGCCUCAAGACAGGGUCGAUGAAACCAUCGACUUGUCGAAUGUCCUUCAAAUACUCCAGCCUCGAAAACUUCAGGCCGCGCUAUGGUUCUCAGGUGGACUGAUUGACGAAGCAACGAAGGUGGAAAUGAACUCGGCAAAACAUAUGGGUUUGUACGAGGGCCUCACUCGCAAUGUUCCAGACGCCAUGGUUCUCAUGUCUCACGGGUUUGCCCAGCGAGGAUCUGCGGACCCUAUGAACCACGUCAUACAGAAAGGCACCAUAACUUGUUUGCAGUCAUGGGUUUGGUUCUCUCAGAGGGUAUCGGCACACAACGACGAGCUCGUCUCCUCUCUUCGAACACUGGUACAGCCCACCAUCACAGCUUUAGAUGACGAAGAAUUGUACGAAGUGGCCAUGGAGUUACUCUUCGAGAUACUGUCAAAUUACUCGGGCUUUUUGACGGAUGAUCAUUACGAGUCUCUCUUUUCUCUUUUCGAGACCCAGUGGUCUCAUGAGCGAUACCAACGUCUUGUCCAAGGGGAUUUUGACUUUGAUUCUGUCCAAUUCGGGCAUCUUAUGAUCGCUCUUGGUGAUUCCAAGGUUGAGAAUCUCAUUCACAGCGUGGAUGCUCGCUCAUCGCGCUUUGUCGCACAUCUUCGAGGGCUCCUUUCUGCUCAAGGAUAUCCUGUCAGCGAAGACAAGAUCUUCGUUCCUGCUCUCGAGUUCUGGUCCACCUAUGUUGAGACGUUAACAGACUGCAUCUAUUCGGAGGAAGAGGAGUCAAAAGUAUGGGUUUCUACGGCUACCUCCCACGUCUUGGAAGCCAUCUCGACUGUGUGGCAACGGAUUGCAUACCCACCUGCCAGUGUCCUUGUCGAUUGGGACUCGGCUGACCGGGCCGGUUUUAGCGAUGCAAGAAAGGAUGUUGCUGACCUUCUUCAAUCGACCUUUACCGUGACUGGUCCACCCUUAAUCUCGACCUUCGCCAAUCUGACUCUUCAGUCUUUGUCACCACAUUCUUGGUCGGCCCUGGAGGCCGCAGCGUUUUGUCUCGGGUCUCUAGCCGAUUGCGUAACUGGGGAUGCCAGAUGCGACGACAGUCUCAGAGCCGUAUUCUCGUCGCCCCUGUUCGACCUUUUACAGACAGCGAGAGAAUCCAUGCCAGGCCGCACUCGUCAAACCUGCAUAUCCCUGAUUGAACGAUACUCUGACUACUUUGAGCGCGAGACUCAAAGCCUUCCAGCUGCUCUGAACUUGCUUUUCUCUGUCCUCGCUGAUCCGUUACUAGCUGGGCCGGCCGCAAAAUCCAUUCAACAACUCUGUUCCUCAUCGCGUUCAAUCUUGGCAUCGGAGGCAGGCGCAUUCCUGAGUCAGUAUCAAGGCAUUGCCACGCAAACCCAAAUGGACUGUGUGGCCGUGGAGCGAAUCAUGGGAGCCAUUGCGGCUGUCAUUCAAGCUGUACCAGACGACAACACAAGGUUCGAGCAUCUUGAUGUUUUGCUCUCCUUCAUCCAGAAGGACGCUCGCAUGUCGAUGCAUCUGGCUUCCUUACCUACACUCUCUGGCGAUGCAUCAGGCUGUGGGAUGGACAUUCAUCGCUGCUCAACGCUGAACGAGCUGUCGGAACUCCCCACUCACAUGGCUCUGAAGGCUUUGAGAUGCCUUAUCGGCGUUGGGAAAGGUCUACAGACUCCGGGUGACGUGCCCGUGGAUCUGGACAUUGAGAAAGACGUUGCAGCAACCGGCGAGAACUCCAGACUCGGCCAUUUGCAGUCUGGGAUUAUGUCAAUGAUAGUGCAGCUUCACAGGGCAUUUCCACGAAGCGAUGAAGUUUCAGAGGGCAUUUGCAACAUUUUCCGAUCAGGUUUUUCCGAGUCGGAGGCUGGACCCUUUGUUUUCCCUCCUAGACUGGUAUGCGACUACCUCACUGAACAAACACCUCAAACCCCUCGAAUCGGCUAUUUCGUGAACACUGCUUGUUCCUUUCUCAGCUCGUUGAGGAAUUUGAGGAGAGGCGAUGUAGACGAAGUCAGGACAGAACUUCUCCGAUGGGUCAUCACUCUACUACAGCAACUGCCAGAGCCCGACAACGACAUUGAAUUGGCUCAGAAUGGCAUUGAAUUCACGAACCGCUUGAUCUCGCGGGAGCCUGCUUCGCUUUUCCGUCCUGAUUGCCUGCCGCUUACCGAAUUUUUCUUCAUCUACGCCUUGCGGAUAUUAGAUGGGCGCGAACCACUACCUAAAGCCGCAGCUGCAGAUUUCUGGGUUCGUCAACCUCCGCAAAACGAUGUUAUCUUCACCUGCGCUGACCAGGUCCAGGCAACAUUCAUAACUCUGAAGCCAACGGAUGCGACGAUAGAUCACGCCAUAGCCCAACUAGGCCCGUUGCUAGCCCAAUCCAUCAUUCGUAACAUCGGCGGAAAUGCCUCUAGGAGCGAACUUGACAGGCUAAGUGAGCCCCUGAAAAAAAUGGUCAGCAAUCAAGCCAAAGCUCGCAGUUGGCUUGAGCAGGCUUUGUCUGACCCAUCAUUCCCUAGCCGGCAGCUAGCUGGGGAUGAAAAGGCGGUGUUUCUCAAGAAGAUCAUCAACCUCCGCGGCGCGAGGGGGACUAACCAAGUUGUGCGAGAUUUUUGGCUAGCUGCGCGGGGCUCAAACUUUGCAUAUGCGUCUUGA